AAUUUUCAUUAAAACUUCAGGAAAACAACUUGUUUAAGGAAUCUCUUAAGUGUAAUUUGGAAUUAAAAUGAAUUUAUUAUAUAGUUUCGUCUUAAUUAUAAGCUUCAUCAAAUUAGUUCACGGGGCGUGUACGUGGCCGUACGGACUGACAAACACGGAGUGGUAUGACGGGGUCGAGGACACCAUAAUGUUCGAUACGAGUACCACAAUGACCGGGUUCUGGUUCACCGUAAAAAAAAGUGAUGGUACGAAUCAAGAGUACACGCAGUGGGAGUGUCUGAGUACUGAUAACCUUGAGACGAAAGGAUACCUUAUUGUCAGGUCCAAAGAAACGUUUCGAAGGUUAAACUCAGAUUUUAGGGGCUACAUGUGCUUACAUCUCACUAGAAUAACAGACUCUUCAUACAGAUACUACGUCUACACAAAAUUGGACUCCAACACGUUCACUGAGCCAAAACGAAUACAAGGAAGCCCCACUGAUCCCACCACAAACCUCGUGUGUCUAGAAGACUAUCUCGACGACAGACCAGCAGAUUCUGAAUAUGGGUUGUGGAUUUCAACAGCCAAUCCAGUCGGUAGUAAAGUAGACUGCCCGUACGUGACGCUUGGAGAUUAUUCCUUCUCCCAUUCGACAGUGGGCACGGGUGUCCCGGUCUCGUGCACGGGUAAAGCGCUUGACAUGUGUACGGACACAUCUCAAAUGACGUUUGACACGUGCAAAUCCGAUGUUGCAAACUCUGUCUCCCCCACGGUUUGGUGCGUGGACAAUGUACCAGUCGGAGACGCCUAUUACGUCACCGUAUACAACGGCAUCGACGCGGACGCCGACAUCGAUGAGUCCACGGUGUAUAGGUUCUCAUGUUUGGCAAUAUCAGCGGACGGCACGAGUGCUUCAGUGGCACCAAGACGCUGUGGGGAGACAGCGACUGCAACACUGGCCCUGACUCAAGAAGAAUCCUGCAUCACCUGCCCCGCGGUGACGGCCCCUUCCGGUGGAACGGUGACGAUCAGUACAGACGGUGCAGUGACCACGGCCAGUUACACGUGCACGGAUCAGUACUCGCUGGCCGGGCCUCAAACUCGGGUCUGUCAGACUAACCAUACUUGGACAGAUGAGGACCCAACUUGCACCUGUAUACUGCCGUCUUCCAUCGCCAAUGGUACGAUGUCGGUAUCUACCGACGGGACAACUUUAACAUACAGUUGUGACGUCGGAUUUGUUCUCGUGGGCGCUCAGACGAGGGAAUGCCAGGCAGACAAUAGUUGGUCCGGAUCUGAACCGACUUGCAACCCGUGUGACGAGCUGACGGCAACGUCUGGUCUGAACGUUCAUUUAACGUCGACUGGAGUGACGUCAACCGUCACGUUUACAUGUGAUCCGUAUUACACGAUGGAUGGCCAAUACGCCGCUACUUGUCAGACGUCAGGCAGUUGGGAUGUCAGUGAACCUAUAUGUGUUAGUUGUUCCUCUCUACCUGCUAUAUCUGUCAGCACGGGAAAUUUGACCGUCGCUACUGACGGCCUUACAACAACAGCAACGUACUCCUGUCCCGACGGCUACGUCGUUACCGGCGAGUCCACGUUGACAUGUGGGACCGACAGCAACUGGAGCGCAGAAACUUCUGACUGUGUAUGUGAUCCACCUGCGCCCGUUGACGGCGGCUCGUUCGAGGUAUCGAGUGACGGCCUAACUGUGACGUUUACGUGCGGGGCCGGGUAUACAAUGGAUGGAACGUCAGAGAUAGCCUGUGACACGGAGGGCGGGGGUUGGCAGAUUUCGUAUCCGAACUGUAGCAAAUGUGAAGACCUGACGGACCCUGCAUCCGGAAGUCUCCAGCUGAGUACAGACGGCACCGAGACGACGGCCCAGUACCUGUGUGGUGUCGGAUACUCCCUUUCCGGUGGAGGGACGGCCACUUGUCAGCCAGACGGGACGUGGUCCACAUCUUCUGAAGCCCCUAUAUGCCAAUCGUGCGAUGACCUAUCCCAGCUAUCAGUCACAGCCGGAAACGUUACCCUGAGCACCAAUGGUACAGCGACGUUUGCAACGUACAACUGUCCAGCCGGCUACCAGGUGAAAGGUUCCCCCAUACUGACGUGUGGGUCGGACGGCAGCUGGGAUUCUGGUCCUUCUGACUGUGUUUGUGAGGAUCCACCGGUCCCCACAGGCGGUAACUUCACCCUCGCCUCUAACGGCCUAUCGGUGACGUAUACGUGUGACGGAGGCUACACCAUGACGGGAACACAAACUAUUUCCUGUGACACGGACGGUGGCGGCUGGGCCAUAAAAUAUCCCAACUGCACGAAAUGCGAGAAUCUUACCACGCCCGCUUCCGGUGACGUCACACUGGUAACGGACGGAACGCAAACCACCGCCCUUUACACGUGCAGUGUUGGUUCGAGUCUGGACGGCGACUCCCAGCCCACGUGCACGGAAGACGGAACGUGGACGGCACAGAGUCCAUCAUGUGUGACCUGUCCCGUUUUACCCACUAUUUCCAUCAGUACUGCGUAUAUAAAUUUGACCACUGACGGCCUAGCGACCACGGCGACGUACGUCUGUCCGGACGGUUACGUUGUGAGCGGGGAGACAACGUUGACGUGUGGAACUGACGGUGCUUGGAGCGCGGGAACGUCAGAUUGUCUAUGUGACGCCCCUCUUGUCCCUACCAACGGGUCCAUGUGGGCAAACGGAAGUCACGCAGAAUUCGAGUGCGAGGCCGGAUACAACCUCUUAGGUUCACCGGAAGUAACGUGCCAGACGGAUGGGUCUGGAUGGAGUAGCCCGUCCCCCGAGUGCAAAUCGUGUAGUACAGUCCCCACUAUAACGGACGGUAUGGUGACUGUAUCCACGGACGGUCUAAUAUCGAGCGCCGAGUACGCCUGUGACGUCGGCCACACAAUGACAGGGACGUCAGUUUUGACGUGCGAUACUUCGGGUGUGUGGAGCGGUAACUCGCCGUCCUGUGUGAAAUGUGACGAUCUAGUAACACUUCAAAGUGGAAACGCCAUUCAGGAGACGAACGGACAGAUCACGACAGUUAUGUAUUCUUGCGCGGAGGGUUAUUAUAUGACCGGGGACAAUACCUCGGUCUGUCAGUCGGGCGGUACAUGGACUAACCCUACACCGAUUUGCAGUUGCCAGUCGGCAGAGGCACCGGCGAACGGCUACAUCAAGUCAGACGACGGGACGGAAGUGACAUACGGGUGUGACGUUAACUACACGUUAACGGGAGACUCAGUUAGGAUGUGCUCUGAUAAUGGAACCGGUUGGAUGGGCACGGAACCGGCUUGUGCACAAUGCGCUCAAGUUCUAGACCUUACAGACGGGUAUUUCACGCUAUCCACGGACGGCCUGCAGACGUACGCCGACUAUUUCUGUGACGUCGGGUACACCAUCAGCGGAGCAGUGGUCAGUUACUGCCAGCAGGAUGGACAAUGGAGCUCUGUCGCCCCCACAUGCGUCCAAUGCCCGGACCUCGAGGUCCCAGCGAGCGGUAAUUUUACGCUAUCCACGGACGGUAAGACCACCCGGGCCUCAUUCACGUGUGCCGAUGGGUACGACCUUGUUGGGGCCUCCACCAGCACGUGCCGGAAGGACAGGAUCUGGAUAGACGACGUACCUACCUGUGCUUGCACAACACCUGCUGCACCGGAAAACGGCGCAGUUAACGCGGACGGACAGACCAUCACUUACACAUGUGACGUAGGCUACACUAUGACCGGAAACGAUAGCGGAGUCUGCGGAAGUGACGGGUCGGGAUGGAGCGUAGAAACACCGUCUUGUGUUCAAUGCACACCUCUAACCAACCUGACGUACGGGUCAAUAUCAUACACCAGCGAUGGUCAGACGACGGUGGCCACUUUCUCCUGUGACGCGGGGUCAACUUUGUCCGGAUUGACCACAUUCAGCUGUGAUACAAGUGGCGCCUGGGAGUUCGAAGAACCCGAGUGUGUGAGCUGCCCUGCGCUGCCGGCCCUCUCAGUCAGCACGGGUAACGUGACUGUUACCUCCGACGGCGAAGUGACAACGGCGACGUACCAGUGUCCUGAUGGCUACGUUGUGAGCGGGGACACAAACCUGACGUGUGGAGCGGACGGUGUAUGGAGCACAGAGCCGUCGGAUUGUGUUUGUGAACCACCCACAGUUGUGGAAGGCGGUGCCUAUCUGAUAUCCGCAGACGGUUUGACGGUAACGUUUUCUUGUGACACCGGCUACACUAUGGUUGGGACGUCAGAAAUCGCAUGUGACGCAAAUGGAGCGGGGUGGGAGAUUGUUUAUCCAAAUUGCAGCAAGUGCGAAAGCGUCCCCGCGGUCUCUUCUGGAAGCGUCGAGCUGGCGACGGACGGCACCCAAACAACUGCCCAGUACUUAUGCGGCGUCGGAUUUUCGUUGUACGGAGGUUAUACUCCGGUCUGUCAGGAGGACGGAACAUGGACCACUUCUGGAACAACGCCUGCUUGUGUUUCAUGCGGCGCGCUGACGGACAUAUCGAUAUCAACCGGAAAUGUGACUCUCAGUACCAACGGCUCUCAGUCAGUCGCCAACUACAACUGUCCGGACGGGUACAAGGUCAAGGGCGCCUCUACCCUGACUUGUGGUUCGAAUGGUACAUGGGACGCGGAGCCUUCUGAUUGUGUAUGUGCGGACCCUCCAACGCCUACCGGCGGCGAAUUCACGUUGGCGGAGGACGGUUUGUCUGUGACGUUUACGUGUGAGGCGGGCUACACGAUGACGGGGGCACAGAUCAUCUCCUGUGACACAGAGGGUGGAGGUUGGGCAGCAGCCUACCCGAACUGCUCUAAAUGUGAGGAUCUGGCGUCACCAACGUCAGGUAACGUUUCGCUGGUGACAGACGGCUCACAAACGACGGCGGUGUACACAUGCAGCGUAGGUUCCAGCUUGGAUGGACAGUCCCAGCCCUCGUGCACGGAGGACGGAACAUGGACGGCAGUCAGUCCUACAUGUGUGACCUGCCCCCAGUUACCAAACGUAGCAAUAAGCACUGCUAGCAUUAACAUAAGCAGCGACGGUGUCACAACAACAGCGACGUACGUCUGUCCCGACGGUUACGUUGUGAGUGGGGAAGAGACGUUAACGUGUGGAACUGACGGGACGUGGAGCGCCCCUGCCUCGGACUGUGUCUGUGAUACACCACCUGUGUCUACGGGAGGGAACGUGGCGUCUUCGAUUGACGGCCUAAGCGCCACGUUUACGUGCGGGGAGGGGUAUACCAUUUCCGGGACGAGCGUGCUAGAGUGUGCCACUGACGGAAGCGGGUGGUCCACGGAUGCCCCCAAUUGCACAAAGUGCGAUGACCUGGGUUCCCCUACCGCGGGAUACUCGACCGUGGAGACAAACGGAACCCACACGACGGUGGUAUAUAGUUGCGGGGUUGGGUAUUCCCUUUCCGGUACUGGUGCGGCAGAGUGCCAAGAUGACGGUACUUGGACCACGUCCGAGACACCAACAUGUGUGGCAUGUCCGAGUCUUCCUCCAGUUUCUGUGACAUCCGGCGACGUCAUCUUAACAACGAACGGUUCCACCACUUUGGCGACGUACACAUGCCCUUCCGGUUACCAGGUCCAGGGGGAAACUGUUCUGACAUGUGUCGCAGACGGCAUUUGGAGUGCAGAGCCUUCCGACUGUGUCUGUGAGACCCCUACGGCUCCUGAUGGCGGAGCGUUCAAUGUAACUGAUGACGGACUGUCUGUGACGUUUUCGUGUGGAGCGGGCUACACAAUGUCCGGGACACCGACGUUUGGUUGUGAUACGGGAGGAAAUGGCUGGAACUUUGAGUACCCAAAUUGCACUAAGUGUGAGGAUUUAACAUUACCAACUUCCGGUGACGUCACACUUGUAACUGACAGUCAACAGACGACUGCAGUGUACACGUGCAAUGUGGGAUCAACGCUGAACGGAGACUCGACGCCAACGUGCCAGGAAGACGGAACGUGGACGGCUGAUAGUCCAACAUGUGUAUCAUGUCCCAGUUUGCCAGAGGUUUCUGUAAGCACCGGAUAUGUCAACGUUACUUCCAACGGUACAACCACAUCGGCGACGUAUCAUUGUCCCGACAAUUACAUCGUCAGCGGCGAGUCGACCUUGACGUGUGGAGCAGACGGCAGCUGGAGUACUUCAACGUCAGACUGUGUUUGUGAACCUCCGCCGACAGAGGAUGGUCGGGCCGUGACUGUUUCCGACGAUGAAAUGUUUGUUGUGUUUGCGUGUGAAGAAGGCUACACAAUGGUCGGUUCAGCUAAUACAGUGUGUGGUACAGAUGGAACAGGAUGGGAGGUCGACUUUCCCAACUGCACAAAAUGUGAAGACCUAGUUCCACCGACAAACGGAAAUGUUUCGUUGACGACCAACGGAACCCUAUCCACUCUACAGUAUAGCUGCGGACUUGGUUACUCUAUAUCUGGGGAGGGAUAUGCAGAGUGCUUGACGGACGGAACAUGGACGCUGACGGGAACUCCAACAUGUGUGGCCUGUUCGGAUCUCCCAGCAGUCGCCAUACCAUCCGGGGGUUUCGAGUUGACAACAGACGGCUCCACGACCCUGGCGUCCUACAGUUGCCCUUACGGCUACCAGGUGCUUGGGGAGGCUAUGCUGACAUGUGGGGUGGAUGGCAUGUGGAGCUCAGAGCCUUCCCAGUGUGUAUGCGAAACCCCUUCAUCACACGUUGGCGGUACGUUCAACGUGUCGGAUGACGGUAUGACGGUGACGUUUUCGUGUGACGCUGGCUACACUUUGGUCGGCGGACAGACGGUGACGUGUGAUCAAAAUGGCGGCGGCUGGGCGUCGGCGCUGCCAAAUUGCACUAGGUGUGCAGACUUAUUACAACCGGCAUCAGGGAGCGUUACCUUGGUGACGGACGGACAGACCACAAGCGCUGACGUUAAAUGUAAGGUCGGGUUUACUGUGCAGGGAGAGGCGUCACCCACAUGUCUGUCUGAUGGAUCGUGGACCAGUACGGAGACGUCGUGUGCCACCUGUGCCUCUCUUCCCAUGGUCACACAUAGCGGAACUAGCACUUCCACAAACGGCACACACACGAUCGCCUCGUACACGUGUGACGUCGGUACAACGUUGGCAGGGACCGCAACCCUCGUCUGCCUCUCUGACGGCAUGUGGUCGCCGAGUCCGCCAGAAUGUGUGGAAUGUCCAGCACUUACAAACGAAAAUGGUGAUGUCACAGCCAGCACAGACGGUCUUACGACGACUGUGACGUUUACGUGCAGUGACGGAUAUGUGCUGAAAGACACCGGACUGACGUCAACAAACGUCACGUGUGGAACUUCCGGUGUGUGGUCGGAAAUACCCGUUUGCGUGUGUGUUGACCCCCACCCUCUGACUGAUGGCUCAGUACAGACGGACGGACUGGUGGCCAUGUACUCUUGUGACGUCGGGUACAGCCUUGAAGGGCAACGCCUCAUUGAGUGUGGAAGCAGCGGCCAGGGAUGGCUGGAAUCACCGCCAACUUGUUCUGAAUGCCAAAGUCUGACUAGCCCUACAGACGGCAGUUUUACCUUCUCCUCAAACGGCACAGUUACGGUAGCGACGUUUACGUGUGAUGUGGGAACGACGUUGAACGGAAACACGUCAACAACAUGCUCGGGCGCUGGUGUCUGGACUGGAAGUGUACCGCAAUGCGUGAAGUGUGCGAGUCUGCCAAUCCCCGCUAACGGAGAGUAUGUGAUGUCCACUACGGGUGAAGUGACCAGUGUCCAGCUUCAGUGUUCGGACGGCUACCAGGCCAGCGGCUUUACAUCAGUGGAGUGUGGGCCAGACGGGACGUGGCAGUUUGACCAGCUCAGCUCGUGUGAGUCAGUCGGUGGAUCCGAUGGCGAAGGUGGUGGCAGCUCCCUCCUGGCUCCCCUGAUCGCCGUCAGCGUCAUCUCAAUCAUCAUUAUUGCUGUCCUGACGGGGCUACUGGCAUACUUCUACCGCAAGAACAGUACUCAACAGAGGAACGCGCAGUACUCUUUUAAUAAAUUUUCCGACCCGUCCUAUUACCGUAUGGACAAGGUCGAAGAUUUCCCCAUUCCGCUAGAGCGGGCGACGACUUCCAUGGCACCUGUCAAUCAUCAACACCACGUGAUGGAAAAGCGUGUGAUCAUGGCCACCUCGCCCGCCCCCUCAGCGGUGGUUAAGAAACCUGUCAAGCCGAAAUCUCGCGAACCCCAGUCUUCAACUAGCACUGAUAUUGAGACGCAUAGAUCCGGGGAAAGUGUUAUAAGUUUUAAAAGAAGUAAAACGUCUUUAACCCAGAAGAGUUUAGCGAGUAUCAGCGCAAUAGAAAUUGGUUCGCAACCCACUACCCCUUCUCCGAGAGCAUUACUUACACCUCCGUCCAACCCCAACAGGUUAUCGCCUCUAAUCAAUCACAAAGCGAUGUUCGGGAAGCUACCUACGACCUCUCCUAAAGCGGGAAGAUCCGGCGUACCUAGACUCGAUCUUGAUGGGCGUGGCUCCCCAAGGCCGACCACGCCCGUGAGAUGUAAUACGCCCAUUAGCCACGCCCUUCGGAUCUCGGACAUAGAAAAUAAGGCGGAGGCGUCAGUGUCCGCCGUGGGAAAUUAAGAACGAAUAUUCCGUGAAUGCAUCCGACAACUUAAAACAUUAAUUUGAUAUUCCUUAAUGAAAAGUGACAACUCAAGUUUCAGCAUAGUUAAUGCCAAUAUGCUUUAAUAACACCAAGAUAAAAAAAAAUGAGCGUGUCGCCAUCAUCACAGUUUCCUUUUGUGUUGUUAUGCACCAGUCAGUUGUAACCACGCCCCCCCCCCCCUCAAGGUUCAAGGGUAUACCGGGGAUAGCCGGGAAAUUGGGUCGUGUUUUUACCUUCCAUGUGGCCCCGCAUUGCCGGGUGAAUGCGGUAGUUUUGUCUUCGCGCCAAAUAUAGCGGGUAAUUGGUCUUACCUAGAGUCCCUGGACCGAAAAUCAAAGUCCCGGCUAUUCCCGGACGUGGGGGAGCCGUGGUUACAAUUGACUGAUGCAUUAGCUCACAGGAUGACGUCAUGUUCGAGUGUGUUUUUAAGAUCGUCCGCCCAAUGUUCGGCGUUUCAAUAAAUGCUUUUACUCAUAGAUUUUAUGUUUGCAUUUUUAGCGCACGUGACGCGUAGGCUUUCCCCAUCGCCCACCGUCCAGCGUUCGUCCAUCGCCCGUCCGUCAGUCUUCCGUCAACAAUUGCUUCAAACAAUUUCAUCUCCUAAAUCACUUGUCCUAUUUGGAUGAAACUCCAUUGGGAUGUUCCUUAGAUGGAGCCUUUCAAAAUUGUUCAAAGAACUGAAUUCCAUUUUACAAUUUCUUUAAACAAACGAUGAGGCGUUGAGCUUAGAUAUUUGGUUUGUUACGUUUUCAUAAUGUUUUAUCAUUCAAAACAGUUAUUGGUCACAUUUUCAACGAUUUAUGAUGCUAUAAAACGUGAACAAGUCCGUUUAAACCGCUUCUUUUCUUCGAACUUAGGUAAGCAAUUGACCGAUUUUAAUAAUACUACACCUGUAUGUUUUGUUUUUGUUUUUUUAGCUAUCUGGGUUUUGGCUGCAUACUGCCUACUGCGCAAUACGGAUUUUGGCUGCAUAAUGGCUUUUUGCUGUAAAAUGACUAUUGGCUGUAUUAUAGUUAU